AAGACACAGAUGGUUUCAGAUAACAGAUGGAUUGGGGCAAUUGUAACUAAGGUAUUUGAUGGUGUGAGAUACAUUGGCCAGGUUACAAGUUAUGAAGUUGAAACUGGAUGGUUCAAGGUUGUCUAUGAAGACAAUAGCUACGAGGAAGUGGCUGAGGAAGAAAUACCUCAAAUAUUAGCCCCUCCUGACCUCAUUCGUAGCUACUAUAACCGUGCAGCGAUGGGUGGUAGGCCAAGGAAGUCAUCAUAUAGGAGGAAGAAAAAGCCUGCACAAGAAAACAAAGUACCCACUCCUCCAAGGCUGACGAAUUCAGCUAAAAAGGCCAAAACACCUAAGAAGGUCAGCACAUAUGUUCCUCUUGCAAUCAGGGAGAAAAAGAAGGAUUCCUACUAUUGGUAUUAGUAUUGCAUUUACU